AUGGCAAGAAACUGCGCGAGAAUACGCGAGAGUUUGUUACUCGAGACGGGGAGGGCUCAGUGUUUGGAGGCUUUUGUAACAUCGCAUGGUGACUCUUUUUGCCACAAACUUGGCAACUUUGGCAUAUGUGUGGGGCGAAUAAAAAAAGGAAUCCAGUUUUGUACUCUAGAAGACAUGGAAGAAAAUGACGCCUGCCAGGGUGACUCCGGAGGACCAUUAGCUUGCAAUGGUGUGAUCUGGGGCCUUAUUUCCUGGGGCAAAGGUUGUGCUAGGCCAGGGAAUCCGGCGGUUUUCGCUAGAACGGAUGUAGCUAAAAAGUGGUUGAAAGAUGUUGUAUACUCCGUUUCUCUCGAUCCCCCAUCCAGAUCUUUUUCCCGAGAUUAUAUUAUAAUUUUAGAUAGGAAAAUUAUUAUUAUUUUAAUAUUAAAAAUAUUUUUUUCACUAUAUUUAUAUGAUUACGUCUAA